GCUAGGAGUCCUUGUUCAUGGUGCAACAAUAAACAAUAAACCUGAGAAUGGAAGCUGGUCCGUGGUCCAGCGAUCUAGCUCGUUCUCCGCAGCAUCAGGCGCUCAUGCGGACAGCCUCAUGAGAACAUUGACCACGAUUUUCAGCGUUGAACCAUCGCUUUCCACUCGGCAAAGUGUGUCAAUCAUGGAAGCUGUCUGACUGGAACUUCUCCGGCGUGAUGCCUCUUUGAAUGGCUGUGUUCUCUCACGGUAUGAUUGGAUGCAAUGCCUUCGGUGAUGUUAUCUACCCCCCUUUGCGAGCUUCCUGUGGUCUGAACAUUGUAUUGCUCCAAACAAGGAUUGACGGGACGGAUUGCAGCAUUCAAAAUGGCGAGUCUGAACCUGAAUGCAUGACGCUUCGACAUUGCUCCAUCAUACCCACAAAGCCAUGGCAUCAUCAGAUUCCCUAUCAUUGCUUGCAGGUCCGCAGUUGCUGGCCUUCGUUUUCAACUGGGGCUUACUCGGCAUCCUCAACACUCAAGUCUACGUGUACUAUUGUAAUUUUCCAGCAGACCGUAUAUACCUGAGGUGCCUAGUAUACGGCAUUUUGACCUUCGAAUGGGUCCAGACCGGCUUGGUCACUGCGCAAAUGUUUGAUGUUUACCUCUACAACUAUGCAAUCGGGCCGCCAUCAUCUCCACCAAAUGGAUUUGCGGCAACGGUGCAAUUGUUCUUUGCAUGGCGUAUAUUCGCGCUGGCCAAACCGAGCAAGCUUCAUCGUGCAGCCUUGCGCAAGGCAAUGUACGCAUUAGUGUUGGCAAUUGUGAUUCUAUCAGUCGGUCAGGCAAUUUCUGGGGUCACUGGCGGUAUCUUGGCGCGUGUGUCACCUUCUGCUCGCGAUAUGGAUAAUGCAGUAACGCCUCUAAUGCUCUGGCUUGCGUUGAGCGCAGUCGAUGAUGUCCUCAUCGCGACUACAAUGUGUAUAUUGCUGCUCAAGAGCAGAACAGGGUUUGCCUCGACAGAUGCUUUAAUCCAUCGCAUCAUGAAACUCACCGUGGAGACGAAUGCCGCCACCGGCAAGCAUUCAAUAUGUAUAGAUGCGAUAUCACGCUUACAAAUAACGUCUGCAGCAUUCUUUGCCGUCAUCCUAGCCAUAAUAGCGGGCAUUCCUCCAACGGACACAACGCUUAUUUAUCAAUUUCCGAGCAUCGUGCUUCCCAAAGUAUACGCCAACUCCUUCCUUGCGAACAUCAACAGUCGAGCGUCCUUGAGACAGCAGAACGCUAUCGGAGCUUCACUGCAAGUACCUCACAUUGCCACGUCCCCGGAAACAACGGUAUUAGAUACCGUCGCAGACAUUGAGGCGUCAAGAGAAAACAGCAGAGAAACUGCGUAUAACAAGGAUCGCGAUUUGAACGAGACGAUGGUAGAGCUCAACCCUGUUGGGUCUUCCAUCCAGCAAUCGAAAGUCAGUCGUAACAGUCUCGACUGAUUCGUAGCCGUGCCGUGAAAGAGGACGGGGUCUACCUUGUUUAUUCCUGAGCGAUAUGAUAGUAAGACAGGAAAUACUCAUUGCGAGCUCGAUACGAGACACACUUGUCACUUGCAUUUAUGACUCAUGAUAUGCACGUUGUGCAAUGAAGUCGGAAUCUACCUUCUUUGUUCCUGAGCGCUAUGAUAGGACCGGAAAUAUUUAUUGCGAGCUGGAUACGAGACACUCCUGUCAAUUGUAUUUGUGAUUCACGAUAUGCACCCACGAUAUGCACUUUGUACAAUAGGCCUGCAGUGAAC